ACUCUACUAACACUACUCACCACCAGCAAUCCUAUCCUUUCAGCAACAUUUCUCCCCCAAAAACGUGUCCAGAGUCUUGCCGCACAAACUCUCCGGAGAGUCGCUUCCUUCUCUGCGGCGCAAGCGAUUUUUGAAUGAAAAUGCUAGCAGCAUUGCGCGAUUGUGGCUGGACCGAGAGAGAACGAUUGAAAAACGAACAAUCCGACUAGAAUGAUAGCAUAAUGUUGUGCCAUUGGUUUACCCAAGUUACAAACGACUCUUUUACACUAACAGUUCCUGUUCCCAUUUCAUGCGAGUCUCACUGCGUACAUUUCCUACAGUGUGUUAUGAAGAGACGAUUUAUUUCCGCAGUGAUGUGCUAGCUAGUGCGCUAUUUGAUUAUUCGCGUAUCCAGGAUAAGGCAAAACGCUUUAGUGCUAUACCCUGUGUUCGAGUAAUAGCGUAAAGGAUCAAGUGUAUCGAGCAAAUCAACAUAUUUCCAUGCGCGGUGUUUUGUGAGAAAGAAGAGAAAGCAAGAGAGAUUCAAUGAAUGAUGCAAAGUAAUAGUGUGUGUGAUUUUUUUAUGAAUUUCCUUACAACGUUUAACAUGGUCAACAUGUGAGGAAUGUGUAAAAAAGACAAACAUCAUUAUUUAAAGUGUGUUUUUUUCUAGUUAUGCGCAAGAAGCUAUUACCAGAACAUGUGAAACAGAUUGUAGUGCAAAGGAACACGGAUUUCAUCAUGGUUCAGUGCAAAUAGAUUAGGGGAUACUGGAUUCAGCGAGCCGACCAACAAGAACUAGAACAGACUUAAAAAUUACAAGCGGCAAUAUAAUGUUAUAGCGAAUCUACUUCCAAUGUUUAACCGAUUUCCCGCGUGACUUGUAAGAAUGGUACGCUUGGUGGGAUCAAAGCUGCUGGCCAGGCUAUUACUACUGAUAUCGUCCGUCACGCUUAUAUCACUGAUGGUAUUAACCCGCUGUGGUUUGGGAGGACUAAUAGUUAAAGAAAAUGGAUCAAUCAUUGGUGAUGCUGGUAAUGGGGCAGAAGUUGAUGCUGAAGUCAACUACAUUGGUGAACGAAAGCCUCCGUUGGCAAUCGAAUAUGCUCAGCAAGAAAACCACUACCAAUCAGAUGCUGAACAGCAGCAGAACGGUUACUUGCAAAUGCUGCAACAGCGUGAGGAAGAAAAUCUCAAAGAGGUAGCGAAACUGACGGCUGAAAUUAAAGCUUUAAAACUCCAGAUCUUACAGUUAAAAAAUAGAUUAAACAGUGCUGGAAUAGGUAUGCUGCAAACAGGCGCAGCGGAUGGAACUUCUUACAAUUCUUUAUCAAAUGACAGUAGCUCGAUACUAGCAAACGCUGCCCAACCACCACAAAUGUUACAUGAUUGUACUGCAUUCAUAAGACGGCAAGUGGGUUCGGCCGAGAUAUUGCACGGUUUGCCGCUAAACAACGAGUACGAACUGAUCCCUUUCAAUCACUUCACCUUCAGCCGGGUCUAUCCAAUCGAACUUGGACUCGGAAAACGGGUCGUCGAAAAACCAAUUGGCUACAAAAGAAAGGAUCUUUUAAACGCUCUAAACAAGGGAUUGGAGACGCUUAAUCGGAACAUUUCAGUAGCCGCUCAACGCUACACGUUAGAUGAUUUCAUUGAGGGCAUAUAUCGCAACGAGCCCACCACUGGUACACAGUAUGAGCUGUACUUCCGUACGAAGGAAUUCCAGAAUCGAACUCAACAGCAACAGCAAGUGACGCCGCAUCAUGAAUCGCACACGCACGGUACCACGAAGCUGAUAGUCAUGCGACCGUUUGCAUCGCUGCAAACAGUGCAGUUGGAAGCGUAUCCGAAGCAACACGAAAAAGAAAUAAUUUAUAUUAUCCUUCCGCUGUCCGGGCGCAUUAAUACGUUUCAAAGCUUUAUGGAGAAAUAUGUAAAGAUAGCUCUGAAGCAUGAUCGGCGCGUGCAUCUAACCGUCGUUUAUUUCGGCGAAGAAGGUCUAUCGGAGGCGCGAACCAUCAUGACUCGAGUAAUUGGAAUGAAAAACAGUGGAGCUACUAAUUCCAACUUGAAACUUCUCGCACUCAAUGAAACAUUUUCCCGAGCAAAAGCGUUAAGAGUUGGUGCGGAAAAUGUAUGGAACUCCCAAGCAGGUAGAAACAGCGACAUACUGUUGUUCAUGUGUGAUGUCGAUAUCGUAUUUAGUGCUAAAUUCCUAGAUAGAUGUAGAUGGAACACCAAACCAAACAAAAAGGUAUAUUAUCCAGUGGUCUUCAGUCUUUACAAUCCACACGUCGUCUAUACACUGCAGGGCAAAGAUGUGCCUCCGGAGACGGAUCAGUUGGUCAUCUCGAAGGAUUCCGGGUUUUGGAGAGACUUUGGAUACGGUAUGACCUGCCAGUAUCGUUCCGACUUUUUACGAGUGCGUGGCUUUGACGAAGAGAUCAUCGGCUGGGGCGGAGAAGAUGUAAUGCUCUAUCGCAAGUACGUUCGAUCCCAUAUCAAGGUAAUACGGGCUACCGAUCCGGGAGUUUUCCAUAUCUGGCAUCCGAAAGUGUGCACCGGCCCAGUGAUGUCGUUAUCCUCGAAUCAGCGGCUUACUCCCGACCAGUACCGGGCCUGCAUACGUUCACGCGCCCUGAACGAAGCCUCCCAUGCACAGCUUGGUUUUCUAGCGUUUCGAGAUGAUAUUGCGGCAAAUGAAUAUUUGCUAGCGCAAGGUGCCAAAAUUAAUCACGAUUCAAAUGCGACCAAAAGCAACCUCAUCCACUCAGAGAAUCCUUUGGUGCAAAAUACCACAAUGUUCAGUAGAGAUAGCAUAAAGAUAUCCGCAGGUUCGAGUGGGACGCUGAGUAAGGGGAUCAAUGGUAAGAAGGUUACAUGAUCUUUUAUGACACAACAUCAGGAGAGCAUAUGGAGGAUUGAGUUCUAGCAUCGGUGCAUCGAAAGAAAUGAUGUUUCUAAGACAUUCUAUAAUUUAACGAUAAUUCCUGAUGUUUAUGAAAUGCACCACUUAGUUUAUUACUUAAGACCACUUGUUUCGGUGAAAAUCAAUUCUUUAAAAGAGCAAGUACGGACAUAGUCAGCGUCAGCUAACCAAAGAUUUGUAAAUAAUACUGUACAUAACGCAGCGAACGAUGAUCAAAGUCAAUGCUACAGAUUUUAGGUAAGUUACUUAGUAACUUUGCAGGCUAACCAUUGAAUUAGAUUUUUGCAAUAUUUGCAGUGUUACAAAGUAGUACGACAAACGGAAAGAAGUCGCAGAAAUAGUAGGUUUUAUGAUCUUUCAAAUUUCUCAUUUUUUCCUAACUGAAAGCAAUAAAGUCCCCCCUCCCAAUACGUACUUCAUGGCUCCAUAUCGUUAAGGCAAGCUGGUCGACAGAAACGUACAACAUAAUACCACAAUAAGAUUAUGUUAUUAAUUUAAAUUGUAUAAGUGCGCUAAAGAAUAAAAUCAGAAUAAACUAGGAAGAUCUUUAGUACUGCAUUAUAUGUUUUCUAUUUCUUUCCAUUGUACCCAAAGAAUCACUAAAAUCAAUCGACUUUACAAUACACUAGCCCGCACUCCCUUCAUAUUUGCUGGGUUAACCGAGCACGCAUAAUGUGAUAGUUGUAUUUUGUUUUGAAAAGGUGCAACAAAGUCAUGACAUAUAAUGACUUUGUUGCACCUUUUCUAUUCUUGAACAAGUAAAGAUACAUUUUAGAAAAGCAAUAAUAAUUUUUUAUAUUCGCUUCAUGAGCUUGCGACACGUUCAUCAAAGUAGAAUCGUGCAUACAUAUUGUCGUGCUUUAGAAUGAAUCACGAUCUUUGUUUUUAAUUGUUGCUUAAUAAUUGUUGCUUCCAUGCUUAUCUCCACCAGUUCGUUUUGUAUAAAAGCGGGCACUAUUUUGCACAAUAGCUUAAGUUUAGUUUGAAAACUUUGAGUAAAAGACUAACGCAAACAUGCCUAAUCUAGCAUUCUUCUUGUUGGUGCUCGUUGCCAUCUUCCUUCUUUUCUCUGUUCCAGUUUAUGCGCUAGAUGUCGAUGCAUUAAAUGGCAAAGAUAUUCCUGUUAAUGUCAAAUCAUUGCCAGCACUCCCACAAAAUUAAACGCUGCGGAUUGCUGGACAGGAAACCGAUACCAUCUGCGAGAAAAUAUGACCAACUUCAAUAAACAAUAUACUUAAUCAAGCAUCAAA